UCCCUUCCCGAACCACCCCCGGCCCAACCUGCGCGAGCUCUGAAGCGUCCGGCUUUCCAGAGAAGCCAUGUACCGGCUCCUGUCAGCCGUGAGGCUGCAGGCUGCGACCCCCGGGGGCCGGGCCUGGGGCUGCGGGCGGCGUGGGGCCCACCAGCGGGCUGGGCUGCCGCCGCUCGGCAACGGCUGGGUCGGGGGCCUGGGGCUGGGGCUGGGGCUGGGGCUGGGGCUGGCGCUCGGGGUGAAGCUGGCGGGAGGGCUAAGAGGCGCUGCCCCCGCUCAACCCCCGGCGGCCCCCGACCCCGAGGCGUGGCCUCAGGCCGUGCCGCUGCUGGAGCAGUCCCUCGCCCCGCGGUCUCCCCAGACCCCGGCGUCUCCCCAUUCCCAGUGCUUCGCCAGAGCCAUUGAGAGCAGCCGGGACCUGCUGCACAGAAUCAAGGACGAGGUGGGUGCWCCGGGAAUAGUGGUCGGAGUUUCUGUAGAUGGAAAAGAAGUCUGGUCAGAAGGUUUAGGCUAUGCUGAUGUUGAGAACCGGGUGCCAUGUAAACCAGAGACAGUUAUGAGAAUUGCCAGCAUCAGCAAAAGCCUCACCAUGGUUGCUCUUGCCAAAUUGUGGGAAGCAGGGAAACUGGAUCUUGAUGUUCCAGUACAACAUUAUGUUCCUGAAUUCCCAGAAAAAGAAUAUGAAGGUGAAAAGGUUUCUGUCACAACAAGAUUGCUAAUAUCCCACUUAAGUGGAAUUCGUCAUUAUGAAAAGGACAUGAAAAAGGUGAAAGAAGAAAAGGCUUAUAAAGCCUUGAAGAUGAUGAAAGGAACAAUGGCAUCUGAUCAAGAAAAAGAAUUGAAAGAAAAAGGAAGCAAAAGUAAUGAAAAGAAUGACUUUUCUAAAGCUAAAUCAGAACAGGAUAAUGAAUCCAAAUGUCGGAAACAUGGCAAGAAAAAAAAUGAUUUUGAACAAGGUGAAUUAUAUUUGAAAGAAAAGUUCGAAAAUUCAAUUGAAUCUCUAAAAUUAUUUAAAAAUGAUCCUUUGUUCUUUAAACCUGGUAGUCAGUUUUUGUACUCAACUUUUGGCUAUACCCUACUGGCAGCCAUAGUAGAAAGAGCUUCAGGAUAUAAAUAUUUGGACUAUAUGCAGAAAAUAUUCCAUGACUUGGAUAUGCUGACAACUGUGCAGGAAGAAAAUGAGCCAGUGAUUUACAAUAGAGCAAGAUUUUAUGUUUACAAUAAAAAGAGACGUCUUAUCAACACCCCUUACGUGGAUAACUCCUAUAAGUGGGCUGGUGGUGGAUUUCUGUCUACAGUGGGUGACCUUCUGAAAUUUGGGAAUGCAAUGCUGUAUGGUUACCAAGUCGGGCUGUUUAAGAACUCAAAUGAAAAUCUUUUACCUGGCUACCUCAAACCAGAAACAAUGGUUAUGAUUUGGACACCAGUACCUAACACCGAAAUGUCUUGGGAUAAAGAGGGUAAAUAUGCAAUGGCAUGGGGUGUUGUAGAAACAAAACAAACAUAUGGUUCUUGUAGGAAGCAACGCCAUUAUGCUUCACAUACUGGAGGUGCAGUGGGAGCCAGUAGUGUCCUGCUAGUCCUUCCUGAAGAACUGAAUACAGAAGUUAUAAAUAACAAAGUCCCCCCAAGGGGAAUAAUUGUUUCUAUCAUAUGUAACAUGCAGUCUGUUGGCCUCAAUAGCACUGCUUUAAAGAUUGCCYUGGAAUUUGAUAAAGACAGAUCAGAGUGAUACCUUAACAUCACAGGUGCAAAAUAACCUGUUCUUUUUUUUAAUCAUUAAAAUUCCAAAAUAUGAGAUUUUUAUGAAUAAAUUUGUAAUAGACUUCAGUGGAAUGCAGAAAAUUAUGUACUUGUAAUUGCUUAAUUUUGUAACUGUCUUUUAUUAUAGAAUUUGUUCUUUAUACUCAGGGAAGUAACUAUAGUUUCUACUUUUUGAAAAAAGUGUUGACUGUUGAAAUAAAAUAUUCUGAUAAAA